AUGGGGGGAACGUACGCAAGCUCCAAAAAUGGGGCCGCGGCAGAAGACCACAGCGAGCAACUGCCCUCUUACGAGGAGGCAGUGCAAGAGGAAAUGCAGCCGCCAUACAGCGAAGUGCCCACACGUCCACCGAGACCGUCAGGGCACUCGCAUUCAGUGCACCAGGCGCACCAAGCACGCCCAACACGCCCGGCACGCCCCGCGCCACCACCUCCACCUCCACCGCCAGCAGCACCAAGACCGCACUCGAACCCGGCAUUGCCCUGGGUGUACCCUGCGAAUUUCCGCUGCCCGAAGUGCAACAACACAGGGUACAAGCUCAAGAACGGGAAGUCCUGCCGGUCGUGCUGGCGGACAUUCGCCCCGACGAACAACGUCGGCAUGAGCAACGGGUCCAGCAUGUACGGCAGCGGACCCAUCGUGCAGCCAAUGGUGCAGCCAAUGAUGCAGCCGAUGUACGCAAUGGGCCCGCCACAACUACAACCACAGCCGCUGAUGGUGAGACCGGGCGAUCCAAGACUCGGAGGAGUGCUCUGCGGCGAGUGCAGAGGUUCCGGCCGCGUGCGGUUCUUACUCGAUGAGGACCUGUGCCCGCUGUGCAAUGGUGUCGGCCGCAUAAUGACUACAUCUACAAGACCACAGAGACGGUACCGCUGA